UCAUUUCCUCUCCACCACCAGUCGGCGUCACGUAGCGUGGAGUCACACCGGUCUCCUCGGAGGAGAGGCUGGCCGAGUGAUGCUGCAGCUGCGGCAACACCUCUGGAGGUGAUGCGUGAGGAAACGCGGUGAAGAAGGGGGGUGACCACAUGCUGGAGAGAUGCAGACAUACAACUACAACCACAACGUCUGACUCCGAGAGAGAGAGAGAGGGAGAGAGAGAGGAACAAGGAGAGACGAGCAAGAGGAAGGGGAGCCAAGCGACCAGCACCGGGAUUAGGUGGCUGUACCGGUGCAGCCUCUCAUCGGAGAUCCUCAUCCCUCAAGGAGAGGAGGAGUACAGUCAAAAACAACCGUGAACAAUGGAUCAGCGUUCAGCUGCAAAGAAAGUGAGCAGGAUGUCUGCCUGCAUGGCGUGGCUCCUGGUUCCCGUCCUUCUGUCCGGAUGCCAAAAAGGCGCCUGCCAGUCCUCCCAGGAGGCUCAGAAGGAGGCCGCCGCGAAUGACAGCACGGUGUUCACGAGGAUCUUGGACGGGCUUCUUGAUGGUUAUGACAACAGGCUGCGACCUGGCCUUGGAGAGAACGUCACGGAGAUCAAGACAGAUAUUUUUGUCACAAGCUUUGGUCCGGUAUCUGACACGGAAAUGGAAUACACCAUCGAUGUGUUCUUCCGUCAGAGCUGGAAGGAUGAGCGCCUCUGCUUCAAAGGGCCUAUGAAGAAGUUGCCCCUGAACAACCUGCUGGCCAGCAACAUUUGGACACCAGACACGUUCUUCCUCAAUGGCAAGAAGUCCAUUGCUCACAACAUGACCACACCAAACAAGCUGCUCAGGCUCAAGGAUGAUGGCACUCUGCUUUACACUAUGAGGUUGACAAUAUCAGCCGAAUGCCCCAUGCAACUGGAGGAUUUCCCCAUGGAUGCCCACGCGUGUCCUCUUAAGUUUGGCAGCUAUGCUUAUCCGGUGUCUGAGGUGGUUUACACGUGGACUGAAGAUGCUGCCAAGUCCGUCGUGGUGGCAGAAGAUGGCUCCAGACUCAACCAGUACCUUCUGAUUGGACAAACCGCCGGCACGGAGGACAUACACACAAGCAGAGGUCAGUAUACCGUGAUGAUGGCCCACUUCUACCUGAAAAGGAAGAUUGGAUAUUUUGUCAUCCAGACAUAUAUGCCAUGUUUCAUGACUGUAAUCCUGUCCCAGGUGUCAUUUUGGCUAAAUAGAGAGUCUGUUCCUGCGCGGACCGUUUUUGGGGUGACCACAGUUUUGACAAUGACCACCCUCAGCAUCAGUGCCAGAAACUCCCUCCCUAAAGUGGCCUACGCAACAGCAAUGGACUGGUUCAUUGCCGUCUGUUACGCUUUUGUCUUUUCGGCCCUGAUCGAGUUUGCCACUGUGAACUACUUCACCAAGAGGAGCUGGGCAUGGGAUGGCAAGAAAGCUCUGGAAGCGCAGCACCCAAAGAAACGAGACCCCAUGGUGCUGUCGAAAAAGCCCAACAAUGUUUGCUCAGCAGCCGUCAACUACACACCAAACCUCACCAAGGACGUCUCCAUCGCCACCAUCUCCAACACAACAUCUGUGCAGCUCCGAGCCUCGGAGACCAAGAUGUUGGACCCUAAGAAGACCUACAACAGUGUCAGCAAGAUCGAUAAAAUGGCCCGGAUAGUGUUUCCUGUUCUUUUUGGAACCUUCAACCUUGUCUACUGGGCCACAUAUCUGAACAGGGAACCGGUGAUUAAAGGAGUUGUUGCUUCAACCUAGUUCUUUUUGAAACAUUUUUUGAAAAACAACAACUUAUUUCAAGCACUUUUGAAGGCUGCAAUGGAGUACCGUCAGUUUUUUUGUUUUUUUUAAUGGCCUAAAUGGACUGCUUGGUGGCGUUGUAACCAUGAACGGUGCUGUGCUUCUUCUGCAUUCAUCCUGCUGCAGUUCGCAUGACGCACUCCUCAAAGGCAGCUGUGAAUAUUCCAAUCACAGCUUACAGCACAGGAGCACUCUCCAUUACUAAUACUUGACAAAGGUUUCUCAAUCAAGUUGAGAUGUUUGCAGCUAGGCAUCACAUUGUUGCCAUGGAGCUAAUUGCCUGAGACGCUCUGAGCUUAUACUGGAAAAGCUGCCAUAUUCCAAUGCAUUUAACAAGGGAUUUCUUUUUUUGUGUGGAAUCCCUCGGGCCUUAGUGCAUUGGUAAUUUACCUUUAUGUUGCUUUUUUGUUUGUUUUUAAAGUGAACUUUUUUUCCUAUAACAUUCAAAGCCUUGCACUGCAAGUCCAAAAUGCCUCCUUUCUGGGAGGUGACAGAAAACAUAUGUGGAGGACUGUCACUGGUUUCCUGAUUUGGAUCAUCUCUGCAAAUGAAGAGACUCUUUAAUGCUCAUAAAACUUCUACAAGGCUUCAUUUAGGGCAUGCCAACAGGAAUAUUAAAUAGAAAUGUCUUUGGCCCACUUUCACUGUAUGGCUGGACAGUUUGUGGAUGAUGCGUUCUGUACAAAUUUCCCAUGUGUGCGGGAAAUUAAAUUUGAGCCUGGGUAGCUCAAGUUGGAAGUUAAAGCGAAUUCACAGAUGAGCGACCCCCCACUCGGUUCAGACCGUCGAGAUGGUGCUGGGUGUUGGAUAUAGUGAGUGCAGCAUCCCCAGCAGCUGUACGUCUGCAGAAUUCUAGGCCUGUAAGAAAUAACGGCGGUAACUAAUUUAUUUCAUGAAUUAUGUUAAAAUUUGUAGCGGAGUUGACGCAUGCGCAUCAUGUCAAGACACACUUCUGUGUUAUGACGGCACAGUGUAGCAUCCCGUCAGAGUCAAUCCCAGCACCAUAUACUGUAUUUAUCUCUAAGUCGCUAACACCUCUAUCCGUUCAUCCUGGGAAAAACACUUCCUUGUUCUUGAGGUGCAUUCACGCACACUCCGAACAUCACAACGUCCUUAUUAUGAGUGUAUGUUUGCUCUAAAUAAACAGAAAGACAAAGAAGAACAAUAAGUGGAUAUUCUUAUCAGCAUUGACGUGUGCUCGGAAAUCCUAGAAAAUACGCUCAAAACAUGUGUAUUCAACUCAAAUGACACGGUGUCUUUGAACGCAACACUAUUUUCUCAAAAUAACAUGUUUGAAGUGUGAUUCGGAUGUUCUGCUGCUAUUACACGUCGAUCUUCAGACGUGUAGUAUAUUUUAGCUUCAUAAAAUACAGUAAAAAUGGGCGGAUUUCAGACAGAGUUGCACGUGUUGAUUAAUCAUGAUUAAUUAAUUUGGGAACUGAUUAAUCUGCUUAAACAUUUUAAUCAUUUGACAGCCCACCAAUCCUUUUUUUUAGUUCUGCUGUCUUAUGAUUGUUUUCACAAUCACAUUCACAGUAAAUCUGCAAAAAUGUAAACAAAAAAAACAAAUCUGCAGACGAGUCACCAAAACGAGAGGCAAAUCGUGCGGAAACGUGCUCUAAAAACAUUUAGAGCAUCGCAUCAUUUUAUUCACGGUAAGAGAGAAAGAAAAGGUAUUUGUUUUGGGGAAUUGAAUUGUGUAGAUAUUCUUCUCAUUGUAACCUCUCAUUGUUUGAGUUGUUGAAUCUUUUUCUCUUAAUGUUUACAUGAAAACUUUUUUCGGUGCUUGUAAGAAUUGGCAAAUGUGGCUUUUUAGUCGUUAUCUUGUUAUCUGAUUUGAAUCUUUUAUUUUGACCGUCAAAGCAGCUCCACAGGAGGCCACAGCACAUCAUGUGACACAGCCUGCUGCUUUGAUCAAUUAGCUGUUGGUUUGUCAAAGGCAACUUUCUGGUGAUGAAAAGACGAUGGCCUGCAGCGACGUGUCAAUAAAGUUCUUUUGUGCUGUGCUGCACUUUGCUUUGUGAAUCUACCACCGACUUGUAAAUGCUCCAUUUGCGCCCACGUCAAUGGAACGUGCACAUUGUAGAAGUUUCCGUCAGUAACAUGCUCAGCGGUUGUUCCCACUGAAGCAAAGGUAGCGUAAAAGCAAGUCCGGGGAGUUGCAGCUCGAGAUCCUUUCAAGGUCGCCAUGGCAGCAAGUCCCCAAGAAGCCACUUGACAUCCCUUCCUAUUUAGCUUAGAACUCUCCUGAUUGCGUGGUUACGACCCGUAGAGCUCAGUACCAUUUUUUUGUGCUUUAUUAACCAGACAAUGUUACUUUUUUUGGAAAGGUAAUCCUUUGGGUCGGGUUUGUUAGACUGCAGUGAAAAAGUUACUGAAAUUUAAAAGAUUCACAAGACAACAAUUGUUUCUAUGCUAGAAUGGUUCAUGAUUGACUUAGUUUCAUAAGUCAGCUUCCCCUUUAUCUGUAGUUGUUUGCAGGAAAGUGAUGAUAUUCACUUGGUGAGGUUGGUACCAUAAAAAUGGCAUGCUAAGGAUUCAUUUUGGACAGUGGAUGAAAGAAAAUGUGGACCUUAUAGUCCUGAAUCGAAAUGGAAUGCUUGGUUUAAACUACAGCUGCACCAAUUAAUCGAUGGAUCGAUGAUUAAUCAUGAUUCACCUCUCAAAUGUAAAUAUAUUUUAAUUUCCUCAGUCAUCCAUGAAAGCAGUCCUAUUAUCUUUGUGUUUUAGGCAAGACAAGAUACCGUAAUCACACACAUCAGCUUUGACUUUGGAAAACUGUGAUCAAAGUUUUUACCUCUUUUCUGAUACGUUGCCGACCAAACCACUAAUUUGUUACAAUAGAACCAUAUUGAUUUGGUCCGUCCUAACCGAUUACUCGAUUAAUCGAAACAAAAAAGCUUCAGAUUAACUGACUAGGUAAAUAAGUGUUAGUUGUAGCCCUAGUUUAAACUGAGCUCAAACUCAUGAUGUGUUUAAAUCAUUUUUUCACGUGUAGUGUUGCUGGCUAUUUGCCAGUUAAGGACAAUUCUACAGACCUACCCUAACCAUCAUGUCACACGUGCAUGUAAACUCCUUUAAACCAGCAAAUGUGCCGUAAUUUUUGGUGUAUAAGCCGCACCGACUAAAUUUAGAGGGAAAACCAAAUUUGUACAUAUACGGUAUAUGCCACACCAGUGUAUUAUAUGACAGGAGCCAAUCAUGACCUAUGAAAAAACGCACGACAAGUUUGUCAACCCAUUGGAAAUUGCAGGAGGUCAUUACUCAAUGUAACCGUCUGACUCAAAAUGUCAUCUAAGAAAGAACACUAAACUCAUCACACAGAAACUUAACAAUAAAAAGGUAUACCUGAUAAAUAUACAAACAUCUACCAAUAUGAGUUAAAAUGAAAAAAGAAACAUUUUAAAGGUUUCCCAUAAUGUAUUUUGUUUGAGCAAAGAAUUUAAUUGGAGAACAAGCUGCAUAGACAAUGGCUGCUGGUGAUGCGAUACUGUGUCUGUCCACCAGAGGGAGCCACAGGAGCCCAGAAGGAGGCCGACUGCAUUGCAGCGCCCCAAUGAAUGUGUUGCUCAGACGGAAUGCAUUAUGGGAAGACUUUAAAAGCGUUGUUUUUUCCAUUUUAAACGGGUACUGGUACAUGUUUGUAUAUUUUUUAGGUAUACCUUUUGAGCGUUAAGUUGCUGUGUGAUGAAUUUAGUGUUCUUGGUAAGAUGACACCGUGAGUCAGACAGUUAUAUUGUUAUACUGUUAUAUAUAUUGACCUCCUGCAUUUUGCAGUGGAUUGGCAAGCUUGCUGUGAGUGCACUGAGAGCUCGGAAUUGGCUCCUGCCAAACAAAGAGCUGCCGUUUAAUCGCUGACUCGUGAGCGGCACAGUAUUUAAACUAUUAGUAGUAGUUCUGAAGUAAAGGAGAGGUCAGGAGAAUAGAAUUUGGCCAUAAAUUAGCCGCAGGGUGCAAAGUUUAAGGAAAAAAUAGCGGCUAAUACCCUGAAUUUACGGUAAUUUGUUUUAUAAACAUGGAAUUUACACUCUUGCUUAAAAUAUGCAGCAAAGCAUAUUGUACUGGGGUUUUUCAUGUACUGUGUUUGUUUUAUGAAUUUAAAUUGAUGAAUUAAAAAUGGUGGAGAUAUCAAAUGGGCAGUCUCAUGUAUGUUAGCACUGAUUUAUUUGAAUUACAGGUUUUAUGUAUAUA